UUAUUUUUUUAUUUUCAGCUUAGUAAAUAUGCGUUUUAUCGGAAAGUAUUUCGUCUUAACCACAAGGGAAAUAGAUAUUAAGUUAAUUUUCGUUCAUAUUUUCACAUUAUUGAAUGUAAUUGUAGCUUAUCUAGAGUUUUGAAUCGAAAAAUUUGAAUUAUAGAUUGAACGUCAAAUGCCCUCUAUGAUUGCGCUCGAACAAGAAUUCUUGGCAAAGCUAACCAACGAACGUGGAAUGAAUUACAACGGUAAAUGGCGGACAUGUUGUUAGCAGUGUUAUCGUGCUGAAGACUUCGUGUGGUUUUCAGUUGUUUUCCAAAGAUUUAGUUAUCCAUAUUUUUCAAAAUUGAUUAUUAUAAUAUGAAUUUUGCUUCCUUCGGGGUGCCGCUUACCGCGGCCCUGCCGGUUGCAACCCAGUUCUCUGCUGGAAAGAUCACCCAAAGCGUCACCACGCCCAACGGCCAAGUGGUUGGUGUUCUCCAAGGUGGAGAAAAUGGUAUUCAUUACAUUAGACCCCUGGACGCUAGUGCCUUUUCGCAAGCCCCUGGAAGCCCUAGCGGAGGGCAACAGGGGCAAACUGUGAUUACUUUGCCGAUAACUAUGCCCGGAUCAAAGCCAGGUGAUCCCCAGCAAACAGUACAAAUUCAGAAUUGCUUUUAUCAGGUGGUGAAUCCGCCCCAACCAAGUGGAGGCAGCAGCCCGAAGUAUCAGUUGUCUCAAAUUCCACUUCAAACUUUCACGCAGGGUGCCACCGUUCUUACUGUUGCCUACAACGGCAGUCAAGAUGGCUUGCAGAUUUUAGAUGGUCAAAAUGGUUUAGAAGGAAUGACGGUUGUUGCUGCAUUGCAACCUCAAGAUAUUCAGCUGCUGCAAGCUCAGAUUGAACAGCAGCAGAAUCAACAGCAGCAGCUGCAGCAGCAGCAGCAACAUCAACAACAGCAGCAACAACAGCAAUCCCUUGAAAUUAAAGAUGAAAGUGAGAAGAAUGAGGAACAGCAGGGUAUGUCCGUUACUCUAAUCAAAACAGAAAUGCCUAAAGAUUCAGACAUGUCUCAACAAACGGAGCCAGAAGCUAUUCACGUGCCUGCCCAGUAUUUGCAAAGCAUUGGUAGUUUACAAGAGUAUUUACAAAAGAUGCAAGCUCAAUCGUUGCCUCUUACGUCGCUGCACCAAUUUCUCAAAUUUAAUACAAGCCCAGAUAUAAAAAGAGAGCUAAUCAAUGAAGAAGGUGUUAUUGAAGCAGUGAGCAUUGCUACCCCUGAUGAUCAGUUCAACUUGCAGGAGCAUCUGAUGAUCAGCAAUAUUGAGACUGAGAUGCCUGUAGAACAAUCUCCCGAAGACCCGAAUGACAAGGGCAAAAAGAAAAAGAAAUACAAGAAAAAACCCCCCAAGCCAAAGAAGCCAAAACCAGGCCAGGUUCAUAUCGCUACAGCACUUGACGGUACAACAUUGUUUUGUUGUCCCGAAUGUCACAUGGCUUAUCCAGAGAAGGAGUUGCUGGAACAGCACUUAGUGAGUCACAAAAUUGAGAGACGUUUUAUUUGCGACAUUUGCGGCGCAGGCUUGAAGAGAAAAGAACAUUUAGAACGGCAUAAAUUAGGUCAUAAUCCUGAGCGGCCUUUCGUCUGUUCGGUGUGCAUGAAAGGAUUUAAAAGAAAAGAACAUUUGAACCUCCAUUUUGUCAUUCACUCAGGAGAAAAAACAGAAAUAUGCGGUGAAUGUGGUAAAGGAUUUUACAGAAAAGACCAUCUACGUAAACAUACCCGAAGUCAUAUCACUCGAAGAGCGAAAGAACAGGCGGAACGGGCACAAGCAAUAUUAAAGACAGGUGUUCCUGCCGAAGAUGUUCAAAGAGAUUUAGGAUCGGGGUUAACCAAUGGUACAGCUCAAGUUACCAUACAGGGUCCAAAUGGUCAAAUUCAGAUUCCCGUGCAAAUUCAGGUACCUCAGCACACGAUUCAAAUCAGCAAUAGUGAAGACGAUGGGAACCAAGCAAGCACCGUAGUGCUGCCUGCUGCCAAUGAGAGUAUGGGUAUGUUGCCGAAUUAGCUUGCUUCAUUUUAAACUAAUCGGUAGAAUGUUAUCCAUUCAUUUGAUCUAAGUUUUGGAAAAAAUAACGUGUUAUACUGGAUCCUCUUUAUGAUAAUUAGCUGAAACCUGUAUUUUGCUAAUUGCAUUUGACAUUAUUUUAUGACGCACAAUGGGCUCUCUGCAGAUUUUUAUUUUUUUGCCAAUUCAGUUCGUUCAUGGCCAACUAACCGUUCUUCAAUUUUUUUUUUGUUUUUAAGUUACUUACAACAAUUUAAAUUUUAAUUUAGCGCGCUCUUGCUGGCGCCAGUUAGCUAGCCAGGUCUUAAUCCCGUAUCCCAUGCAUCCAUUUAUACGAUGGUACGAUGAUACGAAAGUGUUUGUAUUGGUUCGUACGACGGCGGACGAAUUGUCGGAUCUCUAGUCAAUAGAAACACUUUCGAGUCAUCGUACCAUCGUAUAAACGGAUGCAUGGGACACAGGCUUUACUGGACGGCUGACGUCACAACAGCCGGUUUUUUAGCCCAUUAAAUGGCAAAAUAUUUUUUUCGGGGAUUCCUUCUGUUUGUUUAUUUAUAUGCAACAAGCUUGAAUUCUAGUAUGUUUUCAAUGAAAAAUAAAUUUUAUGUUAAGGGCCUAUUGUAAAUUCUGCUGGCUUAGGCUAUACAUUCAUGCUGAAGGAGUUUUAGUAAAAGUGCUUGCAAACUUUACCGCCUUUAUCAGAGGCAUGUAUAACUAAGUUUUUAUAGUACAUCAGUAGACAGUGCAAUUUGUCAUUCACUCAGUAAGCAGAGUAUCCAGUAAUCACUGGAUGACUGAGACCUUCUGUCAACAGUUAUUCAGUUUAUAUUCUUUUCCAAAUUCGGACGAAAUGCCGUAUACAAUGUAAAUAGAUAUAUAAGUAUAAUAUUUAUUGACUUUUUAUACAUAUAUAUUAGAAAAUUAUAGUAUAUAUGUGUUGAACGAUAAAAAUGUAACAAUCUCCUAAAGUUAUUUGUUUUGUAGUUAUAAAUUGCUUAAUCUUGUUCGCAAAUCGGCAAUUAAAUUUAUAACAGCAGUAUUCGAUCGUACAUCUGGAAAAUAUUACAAGUUAAGAUUCAAUUUUUGAAUUUAUAAGUUACAAAUUUUAAUUAAUGUUUAAUCAUUUAUUGUUAAUGUUUAUUGGCAUCUGCUAAUAUUUUUUAUCGACCACCAUGUAUAUAUUAUAAAUGUGUAAAUACAUUAUAUUAUUUAAAGAAAUAUUAACUUAACAUUAAUUUGUUAACACUAAUUCAAAGGGGUCCGAUGCCUGAGAUUUUUUUCGAUUUUGAAAUUUCAGUUUAACUUAUCAAAAAACAACUCUCGAUAGGUUUCUCGCUUGUUAGUCCUUCUACUUCACGGGCGCCUUUGAUAAUUUUGAGAGUUGGCAUAUCUUUAAAACUGGAUGCAGGAUUUUCGAUUUGUUUUACAAUUUGAGACCACUAUUUGUGCAAGCAAAAAUAAUACUGAAUAUCUAUUUUUAAAAGUAUGCCAAAAACGAUUACAUAUUCUAUUUUUGAGAUAAAACUUUUGUAGCAUAAAUAAUCUUCCGUUCAUUACAAAUUUAAUAUAUUUAGUUUCCAAUUAUAACAUCCAGAAAUGUCGAACAUUAAAGUUUUGACGCUAUACAUAAAGAUCGUUAUAUAUUAUCGUAUAUUGAAUGACCAUUUCAAUUGGCUCAUAAGAUCUUUCAUGAAAGAAGUAAUAAUUGUGAUACGAAGAAUCCCAAAUACUACUUAUUUUUCAUUUGGUUCCAUUUUUCAUUACAUUUUAGACAUAUAUGCUUUAAAACUUUUAUUUGUUGCGACUUUGGUAGAUAGAUAAACGGAUUUUCCGUCAUAUCAAAUACAAUGACAGUUUUAGUAUUUUAAACAUAUUUUGUCAAUACAUGCAAUAGUAAAUUGUUAAAAACGCAAGAAUAUUUUUGUCAGCUUUUACAAAAUUCUAUAUUUUGCACGAAAUUUUGUACAUGUAGCGCCCCGUACAUCAGUUUUUAUUUUUAGUAUUGCGAGCAUCUGUUUCAAUUCAAUGAGCUUUUAACCAAUUAUUAAUUUUGAUGGCCAAUUUAUGUUUCAGAUUAUAAUAUGUUUUCAUUUUAAAUAGUUAACGUCGGUGUAUCUGCGCAGCAAUAUGUACUGAACAACUAAAUACGUUGACGGGGCUAAAUUCUAAUUAUGUUUUGUAACUGUUUAUCAUAACGCAACUUUAAUUAGUAUGGAUGACUAUUUAAGAACGUUAAGUAGGUAUCCUAAGAUAUUUGAUUUUGUUUUGUAACAAUAAUUUUUAUAAUUGUAGAAAAUCUGGCGAUAGCAUAAUUUAAGUUUUUUACGGUGUCUAAACAGUAAGGAUUCUUUGGGAAAAUAUAUGUUAUAAAUAUUA